UGGUCCAUUUUAUGUAACCAGAGUGCCACAUGAUUUUAUAGCAGACCUUGGACAAAGCCAGCCUACGUAGGGAGUUAACGCUUCUCUUCAAACUUUGAGAAUUUGUAUUACCACUAACAUCUAGCAUGGCCAACAAAAUCACCCCUCUUCUUUUCCGGGCACUUGUUGAGAUGUCUGAAGUACACUCUUCAAAAGUUGUACGAGGAAAUCCCAACAGAGCAAAUAUCAGACACCUGGGCAGCUGUGGGGUCCUGUCAGCACGGCGUGCCACCCUGCCCCUGUCCUCCCCCCUCCUCCGGACCACACCCUCCCGCAGCUUUAUUAACCUGGCUGCCUCCAUCACUGCCCGCAGGAUGGAGUACUCUGAGAGCCGCACACUAGGGUACACUCCAGAGCAGAUGUACAGUGUGGUGGCCAGUGUGGACCAGUACCAGCACUUUGUCCCUUGGUGUAAGAAGUCCCAGGUCGUGAAGGGAAGGAACGGGGAUGUCCGGGCCCAGCUGGAGAUUGGGUUCCCUCCCAUCGUGGAGCGUUACACCUCGGAGGUCACGGUUGUCCCAAACCACCAAGUCAGGGCCGUGUGUACAGACGGAUCCCUCUUCAGCCACCUGGAGACGAUAUGGAGGAUUGCCCCUGCAGCUGAGGACCAAUCAGACUCCUGCAACAUCGACUUCCACGUGAGUACCACCAUUUUGUCCACCAGAACAGUUGACUUUCAUUUGGUGUCAGCCUGAGACUAAAAGUCAGUGAGGUUAGAUAAUAGCCCACUGAAGUAUACCGUCUUAGUGUAGUUAACAUUUGAUGAAUGUUACACAGGUCUACUCACACGAACAUAAGUGACUACUAAUGAACUUUAGGGCUUGAGAUCAAGUUGCCUGCCAGGGGACUAGUUUUAUACCAGGCCUUGCAUUUCUCUCAACCUCUAUAGAUACUUUUUUUUAUCUUUUGGAAGGAAGAGGUUGAGUAAAGUCAAUUUAGGUUUUAUUUAUAUCCCGUACAGUUGUUCGUGUUCCUAGCCUCUUCACAUAGCUGGCCAGUGGUCAUAGCAAUAUCUCUCUACUCCCUGUCAGGGACUUUGUGACCCAAUAAUUGGGACAGGUUGCCUGUAGUGGAAAUGGGAUGAGGGAUUUUGGAGAUGGAGGACAGGCUCAUUAAGGCCUUAGGAUGACUUGGCAGGAAUAAUGAAUAGUGUGGAAUG